AUGAGAGCUCUGGACCCGCAAACGCAGAAUCAGGGUCAUGAUGUGGACCACGUGUAUUUCCGUGCGGCACAGGACCACCUGAUGACGUUACAGCAUGCAAAUGAUGACGUGACAUCGCCUGAAUAUUUACAAAACGCCGAUGAGGCACAGAAUGAUGGUAAAAUAAAGUUUCAGGAGAAAAAUUAUUAUGCGGCCAAAAAUGCAUUUUUAACAAGUCUUGAUGCAGUUUUGCAACAUCAAAAAAGUGAGUAUUAUGGGAAAAGUGUUCCAGUGAAGCACUGGGAUGAAUUGGAAAUGCAAGAACGGUAUGUGAUGUUGUGCAAUAAUAUUGCAAUUUGUGGCCUGAAAUUGAAAGAUUGCUCCAUUAUCAAUGACUACGCUUUGAAAGCGUUAAAUGUCGACCAAUCAUCGAAAAAAGCCCUUUAUGCAAUGACGAAACUGAGACUAAUGGAACAUCGGUAUACCGAAGCAAACGAAAUUGUUGAAAAAGCAUUACAGUUUCAUCCGGAUAAAGCUCAAUUUUUAAAUUUGAAAAAAGAGGUGAAAGCCGCACAACGGAAGGAAGCAUUGAAACAAGCGGAAUUGAUGGAAAUUCGAGCUACUCAAAUGCAAACGGCUCUGGCAGCAGCAAAAAUAUCAAAUGUACCUGAAUUUACACAGGAAGAGAAAGAGCAGCAAUUAAAACUAGCAAUGCAAAAAAGACUGGAUGAGACACCAUUGCCAACGAGAGAAGAUGAUACUUUUGCUGCUUCAAGAUUGUAUGGCUACUUUAUAAAGAUUAAGCAAAGGAUGAUGGUAGAUAUUCAACCUCGGUACAAUGCUGACAAAGGUGAAGAAGCUCUUUUUGAAUGCACCAUUGCAAACGGUUCUACCGGUGAAGUUCUUGCAGCCAAUGUUCAAGGUACUUCCAAGAAAAUUGUGAAGAAUGAAGCGUGCAAAAUUGUGAUUGAAAAGCUUUGGAAUGACAAGCAAGCAGCUGACAAACUUACCCCAGAGGACCUGGUAUACCUGGAAAGAUUCGUGCGUGCAAAAGCAAGUGGUCAUCCAUUAGUAAAUGAGCCUGUAGUCUUGACAACGCCACAGCAGGCACUUGACAACUCCUCUCAGUUACCUGCACGGGUGAGUUGGGUGGAACGCCAGCUUCAACCGUUGCCGUUACUGAAUCAACUUACUCAACGUGGAAUACUUCAGGCCCGCUUUGACGUUGAAGAUGUGUCACCAAAAAGUAAGGAGUUUACGGAGUUUAAGUGUAUGGGUUACCUGAAUGGCGAGCACAUUGCUACAGCUAACGCCAUUAGCAAGAAGAAGGCUCGCGCGGAAGUUGCUCAACAAGUGCUUGCAGCUGCUUUCGACAAGAAUCUGCUAAUGGUUUAUGAUGCAUCAGCCGACGAGGAUGAAAGUGGAGCUCCCGAUGAAAAAAACCUGGACGAGAGCAAGCAAGCAACAUCCCAGGAGGAGUGA